UGGCAUGCUACAUUUAUGUUGCAAUCGUCACGAUGCUUGCACGCGUUGGUCUUAUAGUGUGUGUUGGGAUAUCCCUAACUUGUGCGAGUCCUGUGCCUCAAGAAAACGAUGACCCAGAUCUCGGUGUUGUAGGUCGAACAACACUACCAUCAGAUGAAAUUUACGAACAAGCAACUGAGUUAAACACUGAGGACCCCCUUGCAAAUGGUGCUGAUCAGGCAAGCAAUCCAUCAGUAGCUCAAGAGGGUGGAAAUGAAAACGAAGCAGAAUCGAAUACUGAAAUAAAUGAGACUGUUAACAAUAAUGAGCGCAGUGAAACUGAAUCUGAGCCUGAGAACAGUAAAAACAACGAAGGAUCAGAAUCGACGGUAGGGACUAAUGAGCCUCCUAUUUUCGAGGACAGUGACGUAAAAUCUGAAGGUAAAGAAAAUGAUCCAGGAAAUGCUCAUGAAGACCCAGUUCGUGGAAGUGAUGAAGAAGACUCAGAAAAUGAUGAUGGACAUCACGAUUCAGAUGAUCAACAUGAAAUUACUCUGAAUGUCAUAAAAAUAAAUGACGUCACUCUAAGGGUUUACAGAUCACCGGGGUAUUAUGAGUAUGUCGUGUGCCAAGAAAUUAAGAAGCAUGACCGGAGUAUAGAAAAAGCUUGCUUUACUUCAUCACUAAGUCCGUAUCUCUAUGAUUGGGAAUUCAAUAAACCAAGGGAGUUAGUGGCAGUGUUUCCCAUACAUUUAAACGGACAAGAUUUCACUUGCCAGGAAAUAAUAAGCGUUAUAAAAGGACCACUUCAAAUCUUAUGCGCUUCAAAUGAGGGGCACUUUUUGGACCGAUCGCCAGGAGUCGUCAACAAAUAUAUACCUAUAGGGAAGGAAGAUUUGCAGCAGCACGCGUCGCUAAGAGUGAGUCGUAGCGUGCGUCGUGGCAGCGUGCGUCGUGGCAGCGUGCGACGCGGGAGCGUGCGUCGCGGAAGCGUGCGUCGCGGCAGCGUGCGUCGUGGUAGCGUGCGUAAAGGCUAGAGAUGUAAAUUGACUGAAUCUGACCGGUCACGAUGGUCAAACACCAUAAAUGACCGGUCAUUUACUGUCAAAUUCAGUCAAUUUGUCUCAAAUAUUACUGUACGGCCACCGAAUAAUUUAUUUUUUAUGCAAUUUUAAUGAAGAACGUUAUUUUGUAUAUUAUGAGAGAAUAAAACGAACGCACGUCAAGUGCGUCAUUGCACGAGAGCGGGGUGAAAGAAAGAGAGCACAAUAAAUCAUUACAAUAAGUA